CAAAAUCCAUUUAAAACCUUUGGAACGGCAGAAUUUCUCCUGCAGUUGGGCUCGGUGGCCGGUAACAAACGGUUCGUCAGUUUGCUAAGUGUGGUUGUUCAGUGAGUGAAAGCUUUACAGAUCAAGCAAAACAUGUGCCGAACUCAGUGCGCUAUUGUGGUUGUUCACAUUCUGAUCGCCCAAACGAUCGUCGGUCAUUCAUUCGAUCAACAAACGAAACAGCUGUUCGUGGAUGGGCUCACGAAGGCAGACAGAAUAAAAUAUUUCGGUAGCGAAAGCGAAAGUGGGUGGCCGUAUUAUGAGAUAGUGGAUUUGGAAGUGCAUCGUCCAGACGGUAGUUGGGAUGUGAAGGACUUGAAUUUGAGUUUCUCCUUUCGGAACGAUCCCAUUCGGUUACAUCUACGGCCGAACAAAGUGUUAACUAAACCAACUACAGUACUCACAACAGCACAGGAACGUGUCACUAAGGUGCUUGACGACCGAGGACCAGCUACUAGCGAACAUUUUGUGCAUAAUGAUGAUAACUUCACGGCUGCCUUUUCAACUAACGGCGACGAUCGAUUUACUGGAAUAAUCUUUCACCCAUCUGGACCGCUGGAAUUGGUUCCUUUGGAUGACAAUAUGCCGUCUCUGAGUUCAACAUUACGAAGACCACAUUUGAUCAAAGCACUACAGAUCGACACAAACCAGGCCGAUGUGUCAUAUGAGCUCGUGCGGCGUCGAACACAUUCCGAAAUCCAUCUGCUUGGAGAUACCCUCGGACAAAAGAACUAUUCCUCUUCCGAGUUGGAGGAGCUAGAAGGAAGAGACGGUCGCAACCGUAGUGCUCCUUCGAAAAACGCCAAACCUUUGAUAGAACUUGCAGUAUUUUUCGACGAAGCAGCCUACAAAACGUUUGCCCCUUACUUUGACUACAACGAUGCAGCUUUGCGAGAUUUUAUACUGGCCUAUAUUAACGGCAUUCAGGCUUUGUAUCAUCAUCCCUCGCUGGGGCAGGGUGUCGAUAUUGCACUAGUGUAUCUUGAGCUCAUGCGCACGCAGCCUUCCGCAAUGCCUCACUACAAUGGUGAGCGCAAUCAGCUGCUUGAUUCUUUCUGUGCCUAUCAAAGUGUCUUAAAUCGGGGCCGUUGGGAUAUGGCGUUAUAUCUGUCCGGGUUGGAUUUUUAUGCGAUCGAAAACGGGCGCCGAGCCGGAGGAACCAUGGGCUUGGCAACGGUCGGAGGAGUGUGCUUAAGCGAUUACGCUUGCGUAAUUGCCGAGUUUGGCGCUAGAAACGUGUUUGGUAAACCGUAUCCUUCGUCGGGUUUUACAUCCAUUUACAUAGCAGCGCACGAAGUCGGUCACAAUCUAGGGAUGCAUCAUGAUUCUGUUGGAAACGGCUGUCCAAAGGAUGGGUUCGUUAUGUCACCAUCAAGGGGAACGCAAGGAGAAACUACAUGGUCCAGUUGUAGUGCCGAUGUGAUCACACAGCUUAGUUGGGCCGGUUGUCUGUUUGAACAGGAUUCUAAAACAGUAGCAGAAUAUGAUACAUCGAAAUAUUACGACCACCCAGGACAGGUUUGGACAGCGAAGAAACAAUGCGAGGUGCUGCUUACUGAUAAGGAUGCCAUAUUAGCGUCCACAGAAUUGCCAGCGAUUUGUCAGAAUGUACGCUGCCGCACUCCUCAUCGGACUGGAUUUUAUUUUGCCGGACCAGCACUGGAAGGCACUGAUUGUGGUGAUAAUAAGUGGUGCAAGGGAGGCACAUGUACCAAGCAGAAGAAAAAACCCUCCAAUAUUAUCCCUGGCGGAUGGAGCGAAUGGAAGGACGAAGAAUGUGUUUCUGGUUGUUUGGAGCAAUCGAUGGGAUACAAGCGCCGAACGCGCCGUUGUGACAAUCCGCCCCCAGUUAAUACCGAUCAAGGCUGUGAAGGUGUAGCUUUUGACGUUGCGAUUUGUGAUGAUGGCAAGCUGUGCCAAGCGAACCGCGAACCGGUCCAGUUCUAUGCUAAUCGACGCUGUCGCGAGUUUAGUCAGUUGCUUCCACGGCUGGAUCCUGAAGGCCGUGGAAUUCAAGGUCCAUACGACUCGAAGCGAUUGUGGAUGAGCUGUGCAGUAUACUGCAAACGCGCUGAUAGCGAAGCAUAUUACGCACCGAGAUUCGAUUUGAAUGAUUUAGGCGUAGAUUCGUACUUCCCCGACGGUACGUUGUGUCAUCGGGAAAAGGAUACGAACUACUACUGUCAGCAGCAUCAUUGUUUGCCUGAGAACUUUAAAACUUCCAAAAUUUCUAUUUGGACCAUCACCGAUGAUAUACCAGUAGCAGGGAACGCUUUACCAUUCGAAACUCAUUUCUUGAACAGUGCGAUAUUAAACUAUCUUUCACUUGACAAAAACAUCGUACCAUUAACAGGUACAUGGAGUUUGAAACCGGAGGAGCUCCCAAAUGACGAUCAAUGGGUUGAUCAGGAUUAUUUGGAUUUGACGGGUAGCUACAGAGUGCAAACGAACGAGUCGUUGGAAGGAUUGUAAUUGGUGUUUAUUUGAUUAUUUGUAUUUGUUAAGUGAUUGGCCAUCAUUGGUCUCAUAACUGUUCUUAUUAACUAUCUUCCCUAGGGUAGCCAUUCCGGUGUUACGGAAUGAGUAAAUUGUAAAUAUCGUAAUGGAUUUUUUGUAUUUCUUUAUUUUAAUUAAUGUUCAAUAAAACACCAAACGACGUAUAAACAAUUCAGACUAGUUUUAAGUACUGAUUUUUUAAAGAUAUUUAUUUAGACUAUGCGCCGUAUGAUUAUUCAACUUAAAAAACAGCAUUUAGUCAUGUGCUCGUACACUGUACUCUAUAUACCAGCAUUGUAAAAAUAGCAGAGUUUAUUUUAUUUGAAUUCCAUUAAACAUAUUAAACUUUAUUUAAAGAACAACAUAUUUUCACGUAAAAAAGUCCGAGUACAUUACCUAACCCUCCCAUGUAUGUAUUAAGACAAAUAAUCGUUGUUUCAGUAUCAGUCAACAAGGUUAGUUGGCUAAAACAGCCUUGCAUGAAAUUAUUCUCUGGCCGAAACGUGAUAUUUGUGUUUGACUAAAGAAUUUUAGCACUCCAGAACAUGAUAACCCACUUAGAGACUGGUGAAAAACAAAUCCUUCAAACAAGCGAUUCAGGGAAUGUGUAAAUUUAGAAAUGAAUCGCGGUGGCUGUCCAUGAUACUGAGAUACGAGUGAAUUCCUUUGCAGGUACUAAUCAGAUCGUACCGUUUCUCUACGGCCGUCAACAGAUUAAACGUACAAAUCGUUAACAAA